UACAAUGACCAGCACGGUUUUGAACGCAAUCACACUGCGGCUUUCAUAAACAUCCGAAGAAAGCAUGUUGAUAAGACAAAUCUAGAGAUCAGUCGGCUAGAGAAACGCUUGACCAAGCUCACACAGCUUCUGGUUAAUCCGCCACCUGAACCAAGCGCCGGGGCAGGCAGCUUGCUGUGGCCCUUAUCUGGAGUAAAAGCUCAGCAACGAGCCUUAGAACAAUCUAUUAUUGCUUGGGAGGAUGAUGCCAAAGUUUUGCAAUGCCCGUUUUGUCAACAGGAGUUUUCCAGUUACUUUCGACGGCAUCAUUGUCGACUAUGCGGGCGGGUUGUAUGCGGUGAUCCCAAGACUGUUUGCUCCUCUGAGGUUGGGUUAAGCGUUACAGCACAAAAGUCAACGGGCCAAUUAAACCUAGAUAUCCGGAUGUGCCAGGACUGUAAGCACAUACUAUUUAGCAAGAGCGAUUUUGCUCGCGAACUCGCUGAUAGGCCUCGGGACCAACGCGCAUACGAAAACCUUACCCAGUUUGAGCGGGGUAUUCGAUUACUAUUACCUAGGUUUCAUAAGUUGCUUGUAGCUUUACAAGAUCCAGAGAAUCCUCCAACGCCAGUGCAGCUUCAAGACGCGACCAAAGUCCGAAAACGGCUUAUGGAUGCCUUUACGCAGUUCAACACAGCAGCGCGCAGGAUUCGUGACUUUCCGACGGAUUCACCAACGCAGAAAAGACUUCAAAGAGCUGUCUAUCAGCAGUCCUACAAUUUCCUCAGCCUUCACAUGCUACCGCUCAAAACUUUACCAAAGAUUCUCAAGCAUGCUUCCCCUAAUGGCUCACAAGCAAAACCAAAUGGGCGCUCCAACGGUGCUUUGGCAGCAAUCAAAUACAACGAUAUAGAAAGCAGCAGCGUUGCAAGCAGUAGCAGCGUGGUCACCGCCAUGGAGGCCGAAGAGAAGGACCUGAGGGAGAGGCUCAUAGUGCUGGAAGAACAGAAGUUCUUUGUUUCGGAAAUGAUCGCAGAUGCCAACCGUCAUCGUCGAUUUGACGAGGUCAGCUCUCUUGCGCAGAACGUGGAGGACCUGAGCAAAGAGAUCGACCAGAUCAAUGGCCAACUCGGGCAGCUAGAUUUUGCGGCUGCCUACAACGGAGAGUUGGUAAUGACUCCACCA